AACUCAACGAUAACCUCUAGGCUCAAUGGCAGUUGAAGUUAGCCAAGGUGUAUGCGACCUAUGCGGAGCGCCUUCGGACGCGAGUUUGCAAGAAUGCAACUGGUUAACAUGCACAUUCCAGCACUGCGAGGGUGGCCUUUAUCAUCAGGAAUGUUUGGAAAAGUAUCUAAAGUCCAACAAGCUCGAAAAAAAUCGCAAGACGGGCUUCAAGUGUCCACGGGGAUGCGGGAAAGGGACUCGCUUCGACCAGGCGUGCCCGGGUCGGAUCGACAAGUCCCACCCUAUACAUCCACGGAACGAGGACAAGAAGAAGACCAAGCUAGCGGCUGUGGUAGUAGAACCGCAACGGCCGGCGAAGGCUGCUGUGCCUGUCGCGCAAAACGGGAAAGCAGGCAAAACAAAGGAGGAGGCCAAAGCCGAUGCUGGCAAAGACGCCAAGGGAACAGCAGCAAACAAGGCUGCUCCUGGGGCCAAAGCCAGUGCACCGGUGGCGGCCGCUGCUCCAACUCCGGUAGUGCCGCAAAAGUCCGGUCGCAAGGAGGUGACGUUGCUCCCACCGCGACCAGAGGUUGUUGCAAAGCAAAAGCUCGCAGAGCUGGCAGCGCAAGCGCGUCGGGAGAUAGGUUUGCCCACGGGGACGCUUACAACCAGCGGCUCCAAAGGCGACCUGCAGGGGCUUGCGGGCUCCACGGGGCCAUCUAAGGUGGUCAGCACCUCAGCUGCGUCAGCGUGGGGCAAACCCUCGCUGCCGGCAGUGGAGCCCCCAGCGGUCAGCCCUCAGCCGCCCAUGAUGUCGCAGCUGCCGCAGCUUCAACAGCUCCUACAACAGGCCGCGAGCAAGAAGGCAGCUGCUAAGCCCGCGCCGCCAACAUCAGCGGCCCCCGCAGCAUCAAAACCGGCGCCAGCAGUGCCACAACCGGUGCUGAACCCACCCACCCCGGUGUGGCCGGCGCUGGGGGCGACGCAGUCAUCGGCAGCAGCACUGCUUGCGGCCUCCUCGUCGCAAUCACGGGAGUCUGUGGCACGACCGGCGUCUCCGCCGUCUGCCUGGGCUUCUCCAGCAGUAGCACCUACCCCAGCGCAGCAGCAGGCGACACAACCGCCGUCGCCGCCGCCGCAGCAGGCCAGUUCAGCCGCUGCGUCGCGGCCUCCCUCGAGCUCUGGGGCGUCCACAUCGGCAGCUGCAGCAGCAGCACCGGCAGCUUCGGCGCCGUCGCCGCCGCCAGCGUCUCCAUCAACAGCCGGGCCGUCAGGGACAACCGCCGCCGUGCCGUCCGUACCACCGGGGUUUGGGACGAGCUUCGGUCCUGGGCAGGGAUCCGCGGUGGAAGGAGGGGCAGAGCCGUCCAGCAGCGGUCGCAGCGGCGCAGCAUCGGACACGACACAAGCCGCUGCGUCCCAAUCGGCCGCGGCGACUUUGCCUGUCAGCGCGUCCUCACGUAGCGUCUCGCAACUCGUGGGUGCUGACUUUGUGGACGACGAGGCAAAGGAGCCCAAGCUCACAAAAGCGCAAAAGAAGAACCUCAAACGCACGGAGAAGAAGAAGGUGCCGGCGGGUUCACCCGGGGAGCAGCGGCAGGGCAGCAGCGGCGAUGGGGAUCAGGAGGCGGCGGAGACGUCACGCCGGGGCUCGGAAAGCGGCGCCAACGGACCUCCUCCGCACCCGCCCAGCACCGGUCCUGCCAGCACGCGACAGACGCAGGCGGGCGCCGCGUCCGUUAGCGGCAGCGGCACGCACAAGCGGCAGGAGUCCCGUGGGUCAGAAGACCCGGAGCAAGCCCACCUCGCGGCUGCGGAGGACGCCGCGGUGAUGGAGGAGCUCUGCAUCAACUGCAUCGUGGGACGGAAGGUGCUGGCGCUCAUAACGCAACUCCAGCGUCUGGGCGCCCUGGAGUUUGUGGCCGCGGCCGCCGUACAGCGGCACGGCAGCAACCUGCUGGCAGCCCUGGAGUGGCUCCUAGUGGCGGGUGCCGACGCCGCCAGCGCGCCGCCCGAGAUUGUGCUGGCUGCGGCUGCGGACAGCACGUCGGCUGCCGAGUCCGAGGUCGACAUCACGGAGGAGCUGCAGCAGCUGAGCGACCUGCAGAGCAACAUGGGGCUGCCCACGGAGCUGCUGCAGCAGUGCGUGCUGGAGUGCAACGGUGACGUGCAGGCCGCCGCCACCAGCGCAGUGGAGCGCAUGCGGGCGGCGCCGCCCUGCUCCUCCUCCGGAGCUGCUGGCCGGUCCAGCAGCGGCAGCGGCGCUUCACCCGCCGCGCGGCACGGCACCAGCGGCAUGCAGCAGUCGGCGUCGUUCUACUCCGUCAGCUCGCUGGACCCAGCGGCCGGGGGCCAGGACGUGGACUGCCAGCGGCCGCCUCAGGCGCUACAACCCCAGCAGCACUCGCAACCCCAGCAGCAGCCGGCGCACAGCCGGCACUUUGGCGUGCGGCUACAGGACGAGCCGGCGGACAGCGGCAGCGCGGGCGGCUACGGCGACCCGUGCGCCUACGUGGCUGGGCUCAUGCGGGGCGGCGCGGUGAUUGGUGCUGCGGGCUGGCAGAGCGGCUACCUGCCGCCCGGCAUCAGCGUAGCGGCGCCCAGCAGCGGCCGCAGCACCAGCCGGCUGCGGGACUGGCUGCGGGACGACUCGGGGCGAGCGGCGGCGCUGGAGGAGGA